GACGUCGUUACCAAGACUUCAAACUGGGUUCAAAAACAAAAGAAUGGCGCGUUCAUGCGGUGCGAAGCCACUUGCAAUCGCAGCAAUGAAUGAAGAAUGUUAAUUUUUUUAAUUACAUUUUACUACCAAUGACGUCCGAACCAACAUUUAGUUCCCUGCGGACGCUAGGUCCACUCGACAUUCUAGAGCGACUGUACCAGUUUGACCGACAGUCCGAGUUCCAGCCGCGGGCGCAUCUGUACAUACUGACAGACGAGUGUCACCUGAGCGCGCCACUCAGUCACGUGAUGGCGGACCUUUCCCACACGUGUCUGACUACGUACUUCUACCCACACGCAAGCGCGGUCAAUGUGUCUUGGACAAGAAGACAGUUAUUGAAGGACGCCUUACUUCGAAGUGCAAUGCAGGACAGCGAGUUUUGUAUCGUUGACCGCCUUGACAACACGAUGCGCAUGCGCAGUUCUCUACAGUUUGAUGACGUCGACGCUGUACUAUUUUUGUCCAACGAUGCCAGAAGAUUUCUCCAUGUGCAUAGCGAGUCUUUCGUAGACACCCUUGCUGUAAUUUUGCAGACGACAUCUAGACGUGUCUUGAAGAUGCCGAUUGAAUUAAAACCCGACUGUGUUUGAUGCCAAUAAAUACCAUUUUAUCCUCA